AUGCGUUGGAAGCAAGGCCUUAGUUAUUUGUGGGAGCAAGUGGUGAACCGACAUAAACCACCAUAUGAACACAUGGAGACUGAUCUGGAACAAGAGCAGUUCUUUUUAUACUCAUUGGACUAUGCGCGUGCCCGUCUUGCAAAUGAUACCAAAGCUUCAAAGAAAGGAGGCGAGAGACAAUUCAAUGGUAUGAUUGAUGUCUACAGAAACACACUCGCUUCUGAUGGAGUUGCUGGACUGUACCAUGGAUUCAACAUUUCAUGUCUUGGUAUCAUUGUCUACCGUGGUUUAUACUUCGGGACGUAUGACUCCUUGAAGCCCGUUCUCUUGACUGGAGGACUACAGGUUAGCGUUUAUAGUUUUUUUGCUAGCUUUGCUCUCGGGUGGCUGAUUACCAACGGUGCCGGUCUUGCCUCAUACCCAAUUGACACAGUCCGAAGAAGAAUGAUGAUGACCUCCGGUGAAGCUGUCAAGUGCAAGAGCUCACUUGACGCAUUCUCCCAGAUUCUUAAGAACGAGGGUCCCAAAUCUCUUUUCAAAGGAAAUGGUGCUGACAUCCUUCGUGCCGUUGCUGGUGCUGAUGUGUUGGCUGGAUAUGAUAAACUUCAGAUGAUCGUUUUUGGAAAGAAAUACGGCUCUGGCGCUGCCUAAAUUCAGACCACAUAUAGCAUCCUUUAGGAUUAGCUAUUGAUGAAAAUCUAUCUGCAGUGCAAUAUGAGGAUUCUUUUGGAAAGGCAUUUUACAUUUUUUCCUCUUUUUCGUUUUUGAAUAAUUUGAAAAAAUUUCGAGAUCUUUAUGCAGAGGUUAUAUAUUGUCAUACUCAAAACUUUUGAUAUAAUUAAAAGAGACGGAUUUGACUACAUCUACUUGUACUUUUGCUGAUGUGAUUUCUUUUGACAACAACAUUUUCUUUCCUUUUGUAUGUGAGUCCCUCUUAGAUUCUUCGUAUACUCUUGUGAAGAUGGGAUAUUCAAGAGAGUUCAUGUUUUGAUUCGUAAUUUUUC